GUUAUUACUUUAAAUAUUCCUUCAUUAUAUCUCUUAGUUUAUUCCUUUAUUUACCUUACAAUGUUUAUAUGGAGUGCACACAUAUUAACACUGCAAGGUCAAUUCAGUUUAUGUUGUACUAAUACUCUUUUCUUUGUUUGAGUUACUUUGGUGUUUGGCUUCCCCUUCCUGGUGGGAGAAGGCGUGUCUAAGGCGUGGCUGAUCACUGAAGUGCAGCUGAUGGCCUCAUUGGACUGAACCAAGUGCCUCUUGCCAAGUGGGGUAGUCUUUGGGGGGUGUUUAGGAUUAUUUCAUUGUUUGAGUUAGUAGUUAUGUGGCAGCCAUUUUGUUUUCCCCUAUAGUAUGUCUAUGGUUUAGCUAAACUAUUAUUUAAGGGCCCUUGUUUGUCAUUUCAUUAGGUCAGUUUUGUUUGUGUCUGUCUGUGUUCAGUAUUUUCAGUUGACCUCUUUUAAUGGCAUGCCAGUUUAAUUCCUGACUUUGUUAAAUAUUUUUUGUGCUUUGGGUAAAUAAAACCCACUUUUUGAAUCCAACACCUGUGUCCUCCACUAUGUACUGCUUGGUCCCGCGACAACUGGUGUCAGGAGUGGGAUCCAACUCAGUACUAUACACAGGUGUUGUGGGUUUUUCCACCAUUUUUUUCCUUUUUUUUUUUUCUUCUACCCCUCUUCUCUCUAACAAAGGAGGAUGCAUCGUGGUGGCAAGACUGACAAGAAAAAGGGAUCUGUUCAGCAGCUUGGUGCAGAAGAAGAGAAUGGAGCUUCUGUGGUCACUGAAAACAUGGAGCAAGAGGAGAAGGAACCUACUCUGUCUGAUCUGGUGGCUAUGCUACAUGCUCAUAUGGGGCAACAGGAUGCCCGAGAUGCAAAACAGAGUGAGAUUCUCCUGCAACUGUUUCUGACCCACUGGACUCUGACAAUCAGCCUUCUACCUCUCUUCAGCAGCCCCAGCCUGAGGUAAUGUCAGCUGCUUCUAAUCCAACCAGUUCAUCUACUAGUCAGUUUCCACAAAUGGAUUGUAGAUUGGAAAAGUUGACUGAGGACGAUGACAUUGAACAUUUUUUGGUCACAUUUGAACGUAUGGCUAAAGCUUAUCGGUGGCAAAAAUCGGAUUGGGUUUUUCGUCUGAUACCAUUACUUACUGGUAGAGCCAGAGGUGCCUACGUACAUAUGGACAUUGAUGAUGCACUGGAUUAUGAUAAAGUCAAAUCUGCCAUCCUUUUGAAGUAUGACGUUAACCCUGAAUCAUAUAGACAAAAAUUCAGGUCCCUGGAAGUCAGACCAGAUGAAAGCCCUCGUGAGUUAUAUGCAAGACUGAAAGAACUUUAUGGCAAAUGGAUGCAACCAAGGGGUAAAAGUGUUCACGAAAUUGGUGAAACUAUAAUCUUGGAACAGUUUUUAAGAAUGUUGUCCCCUGAGCUGCAGGUUUGGAUCCGGGAGCACGAUCCUGGUUCAGCAAUGAAAGCGGCUGAGCUUGCAGAUGUCUUUGUUGCGGCCAGAAAGAAAGGACAAGCAUGGAGUCAUAAUGCAUGGAGGACAUCACGGGACAUCCGGAGGAUUCCUCAGCAGCACCAUCUGGAGUCAGCAAAUACAAAUGCCAGUAAGACUCCGCAGCUGCAAGGUCAGUCUACAACAAGACCUACAAGGGUGACCAGUAAAAGGAUUGUCUGCUAUCUUUGUGGAUUAGAAGGCCAUACAAAACCUAUGUGCCCUAGAAAUUCAGCUAAAUUGGUGCAGAUGUGCUUUGCCCCUCGUUCUAAGAUUGACCCAGAGUUGCAGGAAGAUAAGACUAUCAAGAUGAGUCAAAUUGAAGUGAAUGGGGUUUUACUUAACGCUCUUCUUGAUUCUGGGAGUUCUCGAUCUCUUAUUCAUACAGAUUUUGCCCCACCUAGUAGUAUUUGCAAAAAUGACACAAUGUCAAUCUGCUGUGUCCACGGAGACGAGAAAAGAUAUCCAACUGCUGAUAUUUACAUUAAAGUUGGGGACCAGAUAUAUCUCCUACAAAUGGGUGUUGUCAGCAGUUUGCCCUAUGCUGCUGUGCUCGGGCGCGACCUUCCUGUGCUUUUUGAUUUGUUGAAAUCUGAUCAUGUUCAGGAGAGUCAUGUGGCUGUUACCCGGGCCCAGGCCAAGCGAACUGACCCCCGCUCCGAGAUUCUGAGUGCUCUGCCCUUUUUCAACGAGGAGCUGGAAACAACUGAAGGGAAACCCCGAAAGACCCGCAGGCAAAAGCGGCGGGAGAAGUUCCAGUUUGCACCGGUGGAUACUGAGUUAGCAACGCCACCAUGUGGGUUUGAACUCCCAAAUGACAUUGCUGAACUCCAACAAUCUGAUCAGUCUUUGGCGCCGUUUUUAAAGAAGGCAAGAUUGAAGGAGCCCGGUGUCGAGCCAGCUCUGGAUGGUGAGGAGUACAUUUUGCAAAAUAACAUUCUUUAUCGUCAGCAGGGAUCUGAGUUGCAGCUAGUGGUUCCCCUACCAGUGAGAAAUGCCAUUCUCACCUUGGGGCAUUCAAUCCCCUGGGCUGGCCACCUAGGUAAGCACAAAACCCUAGCUCGCAUUCAGUGCCAAUUUUACUGGCCAGGUCUGAGCAAAGAUGUGGCUCAGUUUUGCAAAAGUUGCCCAGAGUGUCAGAUAACCUCUGCUAACAAGCCCUCCAGAGCUCCACUCCAACCUCUCCCUGUCAUCGGUAUCCCUUUUGAGCGUCUUGGGAUGGACAUUGUGGGACCCUGUGGAGAGGAGUAA